UUUGGGGUCAUUUUAACUUUCACACUGGGCUAUUUGUGCACUAUAUAACGCUGAUAUUGUAGUGAUUUAAAUUUCCCAGGUAAAUUACAAGCAGCGACUCUCAUUUUGUUACUGAUCCAGUUUCAGGCAGAGGUCAGGCACAAUACUUCCUGAUAGAUUUCACGUAUGGUAAUCAAAUCUGUUUCUCAUUAAUGCUUGAACCUGCUUGGUCUCCUAGCUGGACAAUCCUCGACUAGCACACCACAAGCCGUUUCUCUCGCAAUUAGAAACCAUCUUUCCAAGUGAUGGACGGAGUAGAGAAUCUCGUGGAGGCAAAACGCAAUGAAAACCAAGGCAUGGUCAGACUCGUGUUCGCUCUCGUCAUCAUCAGCCUCAUGGUGUCAACGAUCGCCAUCAUUUUGUCUGCCACCAGUCUCUCUAAGGAAGGGACUACCAUCAAUGUCGGUGAUGCUGCAGGUUCGACUGGUGGAAGCUCUGCAGGCAAGCUCGCUGAUGACGUGUGGACUUUUGCAAUAGGCCAUGACGGAUCUAAUGUUGAGUACCUUGAUCGAACCAGUGGAACACUCCGUGGGUUUCAUGUCGACAUUGUUAAUGCAGUUUGCGCUCAGGCCAACAAAAAUUGUCGCUUGGUAUGGGAUGUCUAUGGCAAUUGUUGGAACUCUAGAGCUGGAGAACAGGCCCGUGGUGGCCCAGGGCUCAUGGGUGGCUGGUAUGACGCAUGUACAGGAUGGUUCAAUACAUACGAGCGGGCUAUAACUUUCAAGUUCACCAAUCCUCUACGCAAAAAAAUCAACGGACAGUUCGUCGUCAAACAAGGCAAUCCCAGCAACUUUGACCCGACCUCCAUUGGCUCCACCCAGAAGCUUGGAUUCGGAGAUGGAUGGUCGACUGACGAGCAUUGUCUCGCAAGAAACUCUGACACGAUUUCGGGGGUGCCCCUAGACUCCUCCCAAGUCGUUCACUAUUCUACAAGGGAGCAGUUGAUAGCAGCAAUCCUUAACGAUGAGGUGGUGGCUGGGUUCUCAAACGCCCACACCUUGUUGGACAGCGGACUCCAGCAGAUUGGACCAGACAUCACCAACUGUCAACGAGCCGGUGGGUCUAUCAUGACUCGCAUGCAGAGUACACUACCGGAUUGGUGGAACCCAGCUUUCGAUGCUCUCAAAGCGAAUGGAGCUUACAAAGAUAUAUGUGCCAAGAUAGAUAACGAGCAUGGCUCCCAACGUGGAUUCGCUGGAGAUGUUGUGUGCCUUGACUGAUAACAACCGUCUUCUCCUCACGCUCUUUCAGAAUAGCAACAUUAAUUCUCAGACAACUCGCCAGAUUCAGUUUUAUUGUUAUACUUUUACUUCAGAUUAAUUAUGAAGGUUUUUAAUGGAUAAAACCUCAGUUAUUGGUUAUUGGCUGGUCAAAAUCUUAAGAAUUUCUUUUCUUGUCAAGUAUCCGAUGGUCCCUAUUCUUGUGACAAUGCUUUGCUUUGUCGUGUAAUGUUCUCCCUCUCAUUGUAGAUUUCUUUUCCCCUUUCCUUCUUUUUCCCUCUUUCCUUCUUUUCCCCCUUUCCUUCUUUUUCCCCAUUCCUCCUUUUUCCCCUUUUUUUCUUUUAUCCAUUCUUCCUCCCUUCUUCUAUACUUUCUGUUUCUUCCUGUCUGUAAAUUAUAAUUAUUCACCAGGCCUAUUCACAACAAGCAUUGCUUUACUAUAGGCCCCUCCACUACAUACUUUAUAGAAUGAAUGAUGAAACGUUUAAACCUAUUCAUUAGGUUGCACUUGACUUGUAUGCUUUACUAUUACCUUUAUACUGGACCCCAUGUGAGACCAGUAGUGUCGUGCCUGGCACAGCUCAGUAUGGGUUAUCCAGCCGUUUCAUUCAUACUUAUGUGUAUACUUUUAUUGUAUGUUUGUUUUUAAUCAAAAGGAAAAUAAAUACUUCUACUACUUCUACUCU